GAUAACGUGAUAAGAGAAAAUGUCUCCGGAAAACAAACAAACAGCAAGACAACGCGGUCACUGAAAUAUGUCGCGUACCUUCUAUUAUUGUUGAGUGUGUUGUAUAGGCGCUUUGUUUUUACAAUUAUUAUACCCGCCGUACUUUGGUCGUUGAUAGUUCAGUCUUAUUCAAAUACGUUAAAACAUAUUAGAUUGAAGUUAGAAUACCUAUAUUAUACUUCUAACAAACAUUUACGAUUACUGAAAGAUAGCGUCAAUGUCCAAGUCUUACAACAGUAUGCUAAACUAAUGACUGUAAAAACCAACGACAAAAUUCGUCGAUUAAUAAUGGCUUCGAACAAAAAAUAUCAGAAUAGAUGUCAUCAUUCAGUUUAUCGGUGGAUAGAGAGAAAGCCAUUAUCAGAAGCAAUUCUGUGGACGUCAAGGGAAAAAUUUUGGUUAAUUACUGCUACUUGUCAUUUUGGAAUUCACAACUGGAAGUCGGUGGCUCAAGUGGUCAAAAAUGCAGGAGAAUCUUAUAGACCUAAAGAAGGAUGGUAUACUCCCAAAAAUUGUGAAAGACAAUUUAAAAUGAUUGUAUCUAGUUACAGUAGAGAAGUAAAAUCACUACCGUUUAACAAAAUGUUGCGGGUUAUUGCUGACAGCUUAAAAAGAGAUUAUGUGCGUGAUGUAAAUAAAUCGAAAGACUCCUUAAAGACAAAAUAUUUUAGUUUAUUUAGCGUAAUGAAUAGAGUAAAGCAAGGCAAUCUCACAAGAAACGAAGUUGUUAAUCUUUAUGCACAAGCCAGAAGAAAUGAAAUAGAAGGAAAACAGUAUAUUGAACAACUUAUGGCAAGGCAAAAUUCAUCUCUAGCGUCUGACAACUUCACCUCGGGGACGACAGACGAGCCAAUAAAAUGGAAUACUCCUUCUGCUCCGUUGUUAACAAGUCUUUUAAGAUCUCGAAAUACUAUACCAGCUAAUAGAACAGCAUCCACGAUUGCUUCGUUAUUACAACCUCCAGCUGGUACAUCUAGAACUAGAUCAGGAAAAUUAUUACCCUUAACUACUUCUCCAAAUGCUAAAACAGCUCAAGGUACUCCAACACUUUCAAAGUUACUUGAAGCUCCUGCAAAUCCUUAUAUUCGAAAUCCAUCUCAACCUAUAAAUAAUAAACCAAGUGCAGCAGCUGGGUCAGAUAAAUCUUCCUUCAGUGUGCUGAACAAUAAAAAAGAUGCCCAGACCUCAUCUACAGAUAGGAUAAUUUUUUCGGAGUGUACUAUACAUCUGAAAAAAUUAGAUGCUGUAAUGGAAAUAAAACGAGAUCCAACAAAAGAGCCAUUUUUUAAUACUAACAGUCCAAACAAAACGAUUUCUGGUAAUGCUUGCAUUGUUAAUUUAUUAAGUGACAGUGAAAUUGAAGAGGAAAAUAGAAAUACUGUUCAAGGUUCUCAUGUUGUGAAUUCUUUAGGAGAAAAAAAAGAUGGAAGACUAAUUGAGCUUCGAUCUACCAGAAGUCAAACAAGGGCAGAAGGUGGCAGUUUUAAAAAUAGUCAGGAUGUGAAAUCUGUCUAUGAUAAAAAAGAUCAACAAACUGGAGGCACUCACGAUAAUCAAACAAUAUUAGUUGACGAUGAUUUGUUUGAUAUAGAUAACAUAGAUGUUGAACCAUUGACAUCAGUUCAAGAUCAAACUCAAAGUCCUUUAAAGACUACUUUACCUUUAAAACGUGUUGAUAGUUCUUCUCAAAACAGUAUUGGAAAUCAAUCGUUUAACAAGUAUUUCAAUUCUUCUCAAGUUCCUAUAACACUAGAUGACAUUCCGCUGUUAAACACCUCAUUAAAAACUGUGGCUAGUGAAUACAAAAACUUGAUGGUAGGCCAAUCGCGAGUUGAUAGUCCUAAGGUUUCUGAACGUUAUGUUCCUUUUGACAGUUCUGCCAUUAAAGAUGCAAUUGUAUUACGCAAAGAUAACCAAACAUUUUCUACAUCGGGAAAUAAUAUGUUAGCAUAUGAUGGACAGCUGUUAAAACAAAGAAAAAUAAUUGAAAUUAAAGGAACAAACCUAAAGUGUUUUGAUACCAGAGGCGAUACAAAAUUCCUUUCAUUUGUGAAUCAACCUUUUGUUGUAGUAAAUAAAAUAAAAAAACCUUUUAAUAUUAAAUUAUCUUCUGAAUUAAAAGAUAAAUCAGAUGAUACCAAAAUAAUAAACAUUGAUCCUAAGAAAAAUAUUAAAAUAUUAAACAGUUCUCAAAAUGUAAUAAAAAUCAUUGAUGGCAGUAAUUCAGUUAACGAUGAAGUAAUAGUUAUUGAUGACGACAGUGUAAAUAAUAGUUCAAACGAGGAAAAAUCAACAAAUAUUAAACCUUUACCUAAUAAAUCUAAUAAUCUGAUGUCAAUAGGUGAUAUUAUCAAAAACAUAACUGCAUCUGGCAAUUCAAAAACUGAAAUACUAGAUGAUAAUAAAUCAAAUAAUGUUAAAUCUACAUGGGAUUUGUUUGGAAAAGUUCAGAGUGACUUGCUUAAGAAGAAUAGUGAAGAGGAAAGUAUGGAAAAUAGCGGGAAUUUCAUUAAAGGUCUCGAUUUAGAUUUUAAUUCCUCAAUUACGCAUAACUCAUUAACUGAUUUGUACAAUGGAGAAGAAAUUGUGAAUUUUGACCAUGAAGAUAUAAAUUCUAUAAUAGAAAGUGGUUCAUUAGAAAUCAGCAAAACGGAAGAAACUCAGAUUACUGAAAAUACUCAAAAGGAUAUUUCAUAUAAAGCUAACAAAUCUGUUAGCCCAGAAUUAUCAGUCAAAAAGGACAAUGAGAAAUGUGACGCAUCUACCCAACCUGAUGAUUUAGACGAUGACCAAAAUUCAUCAGUUACAGGAAUACCAAUAUUGCAAGGAGUGAUUUUGGAUGUAAUGAGUAAAAUAGAUUUAGAUCGUGCUGCAGCCUUAAAACAAGUAGAAUUAGAAGUUAAACCACCUUGUGACAUUGUGGAAAUAAGUAGUGAUGAUGAAGAAUCAAAUACGAUUAAAAGAGACGAUGAAGCCCAAAUUAUUGUUGCUGAUAAUGAUAAGACGGUAAAUACUAUUAAUGAAAUCAGUAUAAAAGAAACAAUACUUGAUAAAAAAACAUCAGAUAAUAUUGAAAAUAUAGAUAAGGAUAGAAAGAAAGAUGAAAAGUAUAUUGUAGCACAGGAGACUAGUAAAUCUGCAAGUGUUUUGUUAGGGGAAGAAAUGGGUCAAAAAGAAAUUGAAAAAGUAGAACUAGAAGCUGAAAAUACUUCUAGUAACAGAGAUACUGAUAUGCAAAUUUUAAAAGACGCCGAAUUAAAAGAGGCAGAGGCAAAAAUACUAAAGGAAUCGGAGCAAAGAAUUUUGGAAGAAAAAAAGAAGAUGGAAGCCCAACUAAAAAAACUAUACGAAGAAAACCGAGUCAAAGAAAUUGAAAGAAAACAUAAAAAAGAAACCGAGACAAAAAUAAAUAAGGUUUUAGAGGAGGCUCAUUCAGCGGCUAUGAACAAAAAAUAUGAAAUCGAUAAUAACGAAAAAGGAGAAAAAUUGACUAAAGCUAAAGAAGUUGAUGCAGAGACUUUAACCAAAGAUGAAGAAAUUAAAAAUAAUGGUUCGAAACAACCAAAUGAAACUCUACCUAAUGAAUAUCAAACUAAGCAAUCCGAAGACAUUGGAAGAGAAACUAGGAGAAGUAGAAUAUGCGAGUCUGAUGUGAAAAGCAAGAGCGAUUUAAAAUCAGUUGAACAGGAAUUGGAAAAAUCAAUGAUAGAUGAAUUCAAAAAAAUAAAUGAGAUGGAAACUAUUAAUGUUGAGACAAAAAAUCAUAAUAAAACUAAAGGUUUAAAAAUAGAAGAAAUCUUGUCGGUUACAAAACCUGCGCAGGGUAAAUCUAAUAAAUCAGAGGACCCGCAAUUAUUUGAUGAUGUAGGUUCAACUAGUAGUACUGAAAAACAGUCAUCAAGCAAUGGAAGUCCUGUACAAAUCACUGACUAUAAUAAGUGUGUUAGCUCACAAAUUAUUGAAGACAUCAAAUUAAUAACUAACUCCUCUGUAGUUUUGUGUAAUAAAAUAAAAGACGAGAACUAUUUUGUCUCAAAUGAAAAUAAUAUUAAAACAAAAACACGUUCUUCAGCUAACUUCAAAGAUACUAAAUUAAUAGAAACCAAGUCGUCUCUCCCACCUUACACAGACGAAAUUAAUGAAGUGGACACAAGUUCCAGAAGUCUAGAAAAAGUUAAAGAUAGGUCAUCAACUCUGGCCGAAGUUACAACUACAAAUGCCAAGCAUCAAGUUCAGUCUCGCAAAAGUUUAUCGCCUCCAAUUACUGACAUGGCGUGUAAAGCUUCAGAAUCAGUUAGAAUAUCAAGCGCAUCAGACGAUACACCAGUGUUUAAAAAAAUGAAAUUACAUCGUAUUGAGAGUAACAAUGAAGAUCAACAGUAUGCAGUCGCAAAUUUAAAUGAAGCAAUUAAACCAAAUAUCGCAAAUAAUGGUUCAGAAGAAAAACCUGCUCCGAAAAAACGCGGACGAAAACGUCGUAUUGAUCAACUUAAUGAACAACAGCCAAAUAGUGACAAGUCCAGUGUUCAAGAUGCAAUGUCUGAAAAAGAUUUGUCUGAUCAGAGUGAACCUUCAGUUAAGAGAACUAGAAAAAGCGUACAAUUAAAUAUAGAACCACGAGAAAACAGAAAAGAGCGAUCGGACGAAACUCUUGAGGAAAAAAAAUCCAACAAAAAAAGCUUAAAAUUAAUUUUUAAUAAUUUACGUCAAAUUAAAUAUUUUUCAAUGUUUGAGAAGCCACUUAAAAAUAUUCCUGCGUACAAACAUGUACACAAUAGCCCGCUAGACCUUAAGGAAGUAAAAAAGAAAAUUGAUUUGGGAGAUAUAAGAAGUCUUGAUGAACUCCAGUUAAACUUGAUGUUGAUGUCGUUUAACGCUGUUAUGUUAAACCCAUCUUACAGCACGAUUUGUAAUGAUGCAACGAGUCUACAAGUUGAGCUCAAAUCCAGCUGUCGGUUACUCCAUGGUGUUUUUGAGAGAAAUAAUUAUGAUGGAGAGGAAGAAGAAGAUGAAGGAGGUUACGACGAUGACGAAGAAGAGGAUGAGGACAAUGAUGACAUGGGAGGUAGUGAUAGACAAUCAACUACUACAGACGAUUCACAGCCGAAAAGAAAGAAACGUAAAAUGAUGUCAAGCAGCGAUGAUGAUACAAAUGAUGAUCGUAGCAUGUGAUUGAGAUAAUUGUAAUGACCCAAUUGAAUAACAGUUAUCAAGUUUUGAGCAAUUAUCAUAGCCGUUGAAUGUACUAUUUUAGUUUAUAUUACAUUGAUACUUACAGUUUGUGAGAAGAAAAUAUCCUUUAUCAUUAAAAUAGACUUAAAUAUAUUUUGUACAUUUAAUUUUACUAUUGACAUAAAUAUACACUGUGCGUUUGAUAAAUUGGUUGUAACCAAGUUGUCGGGGGAACUAUAUGCUUGGAUGUAACCAAUGGUGUACAUCAAUACAAUAUAUUUUUUCUUGUAAGAAAAAAUAAUGAAAAAAUAAUUCUAUUUUUUUAUGUAUAAUUUUUUAGUUUUUAAUACAAUACAAUUGUUCUUAUUUCUUAGUUAGGUACAUUGCAAAUUUUAUAGCUUACGCUUUAUUGCUAUUAAAAAACGAUGAAGGUUUCAAUGAUGUUUUGAAUAUAAGACCUUUAAUGUUUAUUAUAUUUUCAGAGAAUAUAACUGAUGUGUGAAAACUGAAAACACACUUUUGCUCUGUAGAUAUUUAACUUUUAUUUUAUUUAUAAAUUAUAUUGUACAACUUAGAUUCAUACUUAUGGAUACACAAUAAGUUUUGUAAAAGUAAACCGAGAAAUAGGAUUUUUUUUAAUAGGAAUACAAGGUAAAAGAAAUGUAAGGCAUGAUCCUUUAACAUUAGAUACUAUGUAUAUAUAUAUUUCUGUCUUUGGCUUACGCUUAUUUUAUAU